CAUUAGGCCAUUAGCAUUGGAGAUGCUCUUUCUCCAACUACACUCCACUCCACGGGCCGAAGGCAGGUUGAUUACAUAUAAUUUCGAGUACUUCUGUAAAUCUGUUGAUUACAGAAUUACGAUGUCGUAUGGCGCCGGCUCCGAGGACCUCCAAGCCAUAGCCACCGAGCAGCGUCGUGAACUUUUGGCGGCGCAAGCCAUGGAGUCCGACUUGGACUUCGCCUUCCACCUCCAGCUCCAGGAAGCCUUAAAUGCUUCUGUUUGUGGGCAGCCAUCCACGUCGACCGCUUCCCCUGUGAGGCUGCCGGACCUGGAACAGUCUUCCUCCAUCGGCGAUGCUUUUAACUUCACUGCCGCCCAGUCACAGGAGAUUUUGAAAUUCCAGCAGGAGCUCGACGAUAAGAGGAUUUCCGAAACAGAGUUCAAGAAGAUCCAAGACGAUCUCUACCGUCGGAUUCACGACCAGCGCUUUGCCCUGGAGAUCUCGCAGAUGCCGGAUGACGAGUGGGAGAAUUACGGAGAUGAUUUUGAGCUCCCGUUCGGGGAAGGGAGUUCCAAAAGUGUUAGUACAGAGGUUUUUAAUAUUUAUUUCAAAGGUGUGGGUGAACAAAGGGCCCAGAGGCUCGUUUACGGUGGGAUUGGCGUUGCAAUUUGCGAUUCGAGUGAUCAGUUGCUAUUCGAAUUGUCAAAACCGUUUGUUGGAAAUGGAGAAAAUCGAAAUUGCAUGGAGUUGAAAGCCCUAAUAGAAGGGUUGAACGCUGCGAUUGCGUUGGAUUUAAAGAGUGUUGUGUUUCAUUGCGAUGUCCGGUGCAUAUACAAUUUUGUAACAGGUCAAUGGACUCCUAAACAGAGAAAGGUUGCGGCAUUAAGGAAUCAAGUGAAUCUAUUAAGAGAAAGAUUUACACUGUGCCGCCCAGUUCUCGUGCCCCGGAACGAAAUCAAGUUUGUCUUCAAAUUUGCACGAGAAGCAUUGAAUUCUCAAAUCAUGAAACAGCAAGGCUCUUCUACCUCUAAGAAUGUAUAUGAGUCUUGUGUGAUUUGCUUAGAGGAAGUAGAAAUUAGCCAUAUUUUCAUUGUUGAUGGUUGCUUGCAUCGAUAUUGCAUCUCUUGCAUGAAGCAACACAUGGAAGUGAAAUUGCUUAGUGGGGUGUUACCUAAAUGUCCUCAAGAUCGGUGUAAUUCAGAACUGAGAACUGAUAGCUGUUGUAAAAUUUUGACACCUAAGCUUAUUCCCCUCUUGAAUCUACGAAUCAAGGAAGCUUCUAUCCCUGUUGGGGAAAGAGUGUAUUGUCCUUUUCCCAAGUGCUCUGCCCUGAUGUCAAGAAGAGAGGUUUUGGAGUAUUCUAGAGGGACAAAUAUAAAUGUUGACACGUCGGGAGCUAGGGUAUGCACACAAUGCAAUGGUCAGUUCUGUAUUAAUUGCAAAGUUACGUGGCAUUGUGGGAUGAAUUGCUAUGAGUACCGGAGAAGAAAUCCGGGGACCCAAGAAGAUGUGAAGCUGAAGAGUUUAGCUGCAUUGAAUCUGUGGAGACAGUGUGUGAAAUGCAGUCAUAUGAUCGAAUUAGCUGCUGGGUGCUACCACAUGACUUGCAGAUGCGGGUAUGAGUUUUGUUACACUUGUGGAGCAGAAUGGAGAAACAAGAAACAAACAUGUUCCUGCCCUCUUUGGAAUGAGGACAACCUCAUAGAAGUAGAUGAUAAUGACGACGACUUUGAUGAAGAUUCUGACUCUGAUUUUGAUGAAUAUUAUUUUUAAAGAAUGUCAAAUUGGUACAAAUGCUUCACCAUUCAAAGUACCCUUGGCCUUGGCCUGUACUUAAGUUAUGGUCUCAAAUGAAUGGAUGGAUGAAUGAAGUUGAUUGGCUUUCAUUU